CACUAGUGAGUGUUUUACCUGCAGGGUUUCAGACUUCAAGCCCUGUCAACGUUUGCACCUGAGCUAAAAGCUGACAGUAGUAAUGACACAUUGGAUGUACGUUGUUGAUGCUACUUUCUCCAUGUCAUCGUUUUUCUUUAUCUAACGGAAGGUGCACUCUACAAUUAUGGAGUUUUGAAAAAGAGACAGAGAAUUUUGGGGGGAAAGGGGGCCUUUCCCCUCAAGUUUGAUGGUUGGACUGCUGGGCUAGAAGGUCAGAGGGUUGCUGGUAAAAUUGCCUUUUGUAAAUUAAGAGUAUUUAAAGAGUAUAUAUUUUUGCAAACAUUAAUGUGUAUAACUUUGUAUGAAACGCACAAGAAGUUUUGUAUUUAUUAAAUUCAUGAUGCCAUUGUAUGCUAAAAGCACCUUAGUUUGUGACCAACCCUUGGUUGAGAUGGUGGACUGAAACGAGCCACAGAAAGGCUCUGGGGUUGCUAGGGUGCAGUGGAACCUCAACACAAGCACAAUUCUAGCACUCCAAACCAUCUCAACCUUUUGUUGACACAUUUUAUUUUCUUCUUUGAGAGCAGCUCUGUGACAGUAAAACGUUGUUUUUACUGUGUUUUCUUUUUGUCACUGCACAUUGUGGUGUUUUUAAGUUUGUUUAAAGUUGUGGGUGGCGGGCUGUCAUAAGGACUUUGUAAUAUAAAAAGGUGGAGGGUUCACUGAGGAUUUGAUAGAGGUCAGGAUGAGUCUGGCACCACCAGAGUGCACCCCAAGAUGCCGCUCACAGAAGCAUGCAGAUGAGGUUGUAGCUGCACUAACGGGUGGCUCUGAGGGGCAGCUACGGGCGUUCCUGACUUCAUACUGCCACAAUGCGGCCACCCUGCGGGAUAACUUUGGUCGCACUGCCCUGCACUUGGCAGCUUCAUUGGGAAAGAAGGCCCUACUGGAGUGGUUGCUUGAGAGUAAGAAUGCUGACCUGAUGGUGAAGGAUAAGGAAUCUGGCUGGACCGCUCUGCAUCGCAGUGCUUUCUAUGGACAGAUCCACUGUCUCAUAUCGCUGGUCAAGCAUGGCGGGCUACUUUCCACUCAGGACAAGGAGGGUCUCUCUGUCAUGGACCUCACAAUGAAGGACCGACCUUCACAUGUUAUCUUCAAAAACACUGACCCGACAGAAGUAUACACGUGGGGAAACAAUACUAAUUUCAGUCUGGGUCAUGGCAAUCAGGAGAGCAGACAGCACCCUGAGCUUGUGGAUGUGUUUGCUAGGACUGGAGUUUACAUCAAGCAGGUGGUCCUCUGUAAAUUCCACUCUGUGUUCCUGUCACAGAAAGGCCAGGUCUUUACCUGCGGCCAUGGACAGGGAGGACGACUCGGCCAUGGAGAUGAACAGACUUAUCUGGUUCCUCGGAUGGUGGAAGGCCUGAUGUCCCACCACUGCUCUCAGGUGGCUGCAGCUAAAGACCACACAGUGGUGCUGACUGAAGAAGGUUAUGUUUACACCUUUGGCCUCAACAGCUUUCACCAGCUGGGCCUGGCUCCUCCUCCAGCAUCAGCACAUGUCCCUAAACAGGUGUUCUCCAAGACGCUGAAAGGAAGGACAGUGAUUGGAGUGGCUGCAGGACGAUUCCACACAGUGCUGUGGACCAGGGAGGCCGUCUACACAAUGGGACUCAAUGGAGGCCAGAUGGGUUACCUGUUGGAUCCAAAUGGAGAGAAGUGUGUUACUGCCCCUCGGCAGGUAUCAGCCCUGCACCACAAGGAUGUUACCAUAGCGAUGGCUGCAGCUAGUGAUGGAGCGACGGUGGUCGUGACUGAGAAGGGGGACGUCUACCUGUUAGCCGACUACCAGUGCAAGAAAUUGGCUUCAAGGCAGCUGAACAUCAGGAAGGUUCUGGUUAGUGGUGGUAGUCUCGACCACCGUGUGAUUCCACAGAUCCUGAACGAGGGUGGAGGAGAGAAGGUGUCCAUCUUGGCGUUAGAUGAAGCUGGCAGGGUGUUUUGCUGGCGGUCCUGCGGCAGCUCGGUGAGACAGUGCCGGUGGGCGUAUGGGCGUCAGGUAUUCAUGUCAGACAUAGCGCUCAGCAGGAACAGCAUGAUGUUUGUGACUCAGGAGGGGGAGGGCUUCAGUGGCGUGUGGGCUGGAGAAUACAAGAAGUACGAGGAGAAGAAAGAGGUCAGUGUGGAGGUUUGUGGUCACUCAGAUGCCGGGACAGUAUUCGAGCGAAUCCGCCUGGAGAAACUCCCGUUUGUCCACCGAGCCGUCAGCAUCACCAUGGACUCUAAAGGGAGAAAUUAUGGAGUGCUUCAGUCCGACCCGAAAACAAGCUUGUUUGAGAUUCCCAUGGUUUCUCCACCAUCCUUCUCUCAACACUUCCGGAGCCUUCUGGAUGAGGCAGACGAAAUGGACAGUAUCCAUGACGUGACCCUUCAGGCAGGUGAUCGCACUUUCCCGGCCCACAAGUACAUCCUUUCCAUGAAGUCUGAGUUCUUCCGGAAGCAGUUCAUGUCUGAGCAUGGCGGCGUUGACGAGGAGCCUGAUGAAGAAGUGAGGAAGAGCGAAGAUGCCGUGGGCUGCGAUUUACUCAUUUUGGAGAAGAUCCCGGCAGACUUGUUGGAGUACACCCUGCACUUCAUCUACACUGACUCCUGUGAGCUGCUGGUGCAUGGGGCCCGGCCCAGAGUCUCAGUGGCAUCCAAUGGACAGAAUCAGGACUCAGAGCAGGAGAGGCUUAUCAGCAGCCUGCAGGACUUGGGCCUUAGAGGUCGCUCAGCCCUUGAGGUAUAUCGCUCUCUUCCCCCUGCAUCCAAAGGUGAUGGUGACAAGGCAAAGAACAAGUGUGCCAAGCCUGGCAAGAGGGGGAAAGGAGGCAAAGGUGACAAGCAUGGGGCCAACGAGGGAGGGGCCAACCCUCUGAAAUCCUUACAGGGUGUGGCAAAAAAGCUCGGCCUUGGAAGCCUGUCUGCACGACUGGACGGAGUCAAAUAUGAAAAUGGAAAGAUCAAUGUCAUUAACAAGAAGACUGGAAACAAACCUAAAUUCUACCAGAAGAAAUGCUCCUACCUGUGUGAUGUCACUCUGAAAUCUGAAGAUGGGAAGGAGUUUCCAUGUCACAAAAGUGUCCUCUGUGCAAGACUUGAAUACUUUAACAGUAUGCUCGGAAACCCUUGGAUUGAGGCCACAUCCUGUUCUGCCCUGGAGAUGCCUACUAGCUCAGAGAUCCUGCACGUCAUCCUUGAGUACAUUUACACAGAUGAAUCUCCCUCCAUUAAAGAGUCCCUGAAUGUGGAGUUUAUCUGUAAUGUAUUGGUUGUGGCUGACCAGAUGCUAAUCACACGGCUGAAGGAGAUGUGCGAAGUCGUCAUCACUGAGAACUUGACUCUGAAGAACGCUGCAGAGCUGCUGGAGUUUGCUGCGAUGUACAACGCAGAGCAGCUUAAACUCUCCUGCCUGCAGUUCAUUGUGCUCAACAUGGCCGCCCUCCUGGAGUCAAAAGCGCUGGAUAUUCUUAGUGAUGAAGUGCUCGUGGAGCUUUCUGCAGCCUACAAGAGGAUGAUCCCAGCAAUGCAAAAGAGGAUUAUCACUCCAUAUCCUGGCGCCCCAGACCUCAGCAUGUAUGAGGAUGAAGACUUGGACUCUGCUUUCAGCCCCAAAUUAGAAGCAGAAGUGGAUCACUCCUGCAGGGAUAUUCUGUUGAAGAAGGCCAAGAUGAAGGCUAAGAAGAAACCAAGACGACGCUCUGACAGUUCAGGGGGCUACACUCUUUCUGAUAUCAUCCAAAGCCCCCCUGCUGCAGUGGUCUCCCAGUGCCUGGUGAAGUCUGGAAAGGCUAACUCGACAGAAUCCCUGCAGGAGCUUCUCACAUCUGACUCAGAAGGAAGCUACAUGGGGGUGGGCAGUCCCCGGGACAUGCAGUCACCCGUCUUCCACGACAGAACUGAGGAUGAGAAGACUCUCAGUCAGAGGCUGAAGACCCCACCCAGCACCCCAACCUCCAUGAGCGACUGCCCCCCAACUCCCCCCACCUCUACUCCACAAGCCACCCCCAAGGUCCUAUCCUGUCCUGCUCGUCCACCCCCUGUCCUGGAUCUGAGAACUAUCAUGGACAUGGAAGCUAGCUCCCUGCAGACCCCCAGAGCUACUCCUAAAAGCCCUGGAAGUGUCAGCGCCAGCAUUAAGCACUCUCCUGUUCCCGCCAAACUGUCUCAGAAGCAGAGGAAGAUGUUGGCAAUGGCCAACAAGGAGACCAGUUUGGAGACCACUACAUCCAAAUCAUCCCCCACACAACCCCCAUCCAAAAGCAGUGGGAAGGCCUGGGCAACAUUAGUCCAAUCCCCACCCUCCUCGUCUUCAUUUCGAGCACUUCUAGAGGAAGAGGAAAAGUGCUUGAUCAAAGUGGGACAAUCAGGAGCCCAAAGGGUCCCAGGUACCCAGGGGUCACCUAGCACUCCUGCUUCUGCAGCCAGAAGGGUCACAUUUAAAUGUGCUGAAGGCAGCGAGCCAGAGAGACCAACUGGGCCCUGGGUGCUUGGAGCAGUGGGUAGCCCUCCCCUCUCCUCCCUGGUGACCUUCGCCUCCAUCGUGGAGGAAGAGAAGCAGCAAGAAGCUGCACUGAUCCGCAGCCGAGAGAAGCCUCUGUCACUCAUCCAGAUUGAGGAGCGGGCAAUCCAAGACCUCCUUUGUCAUUAUAAGGCACGUGACAACCCAGAUGAGCUGAUAGUGGUGGAGAGGUCUUCCAGAGGUCCUAUUGCAGCCCCAACUUGGAACAAACACUGAUGAAAAACAGCACAGCCACUUCAUACCAUCAAUUCGAGAACAUUGCUUACGGUUGUCCUUGUGUACCAUCAUCAAAUCCAUCAACGUGUGUUAAGUUGCGCCUCAGAAUCAUCCUGCCCAUAGUUUGGUUCUGAUUCAAAUCUAUGCUUCCCUCCGCAGUGUUACAUUAAGUUUUAUUUAAUUGCUGCUCAACAUUUAGUUUGUGUGGUGUGAUGAGUAUUUUCAUGACUGAAUGUGGUCCUGAAGAGAAGUUUUCGCUCUGGGAUAACUUACAGAUAUAUAUGUUUUGAUGGGUUUUAUGUCUCCUAUUGGCAAACCAAUAACAGAAAAAAGUAACCGACUUUCCGUAAUAGUGAGAGGUAACUAUGAGAAAGUAAAGGUGCCAAAGAUGACGAAAAAGAAAUGUAGAUGUUGAAGCAAAAAAAAAGGGUCCAAACGACAUCAGCCUGAGGGCUUGUGUUUGUGUUAACUAAGUUAAGACUCCUAAUGUGAUUGGAAAAAAAAAGUGCCAAUCAGCAACUGCGGCAAAGCAUCAGCUGUAUUUAAGAAGUAGAGUGAGUUGUUUACGACGGCAGUCAGUUUCUUUAAAUUGUCCUUUUUUUUUCUUUUUCAGAAGUGCGUUGUUUGGAUUGGUUCAACUGUUUUGCAGUGAGAUGUCUACUUUCCUGGAGGCAGUGAAUAUGUGUAUUUUAAAUAUAAAUGAUAUUUUAAAUACAUCAUUUGAUGAAGUAUUAUUGAAUGGUAAAAGCUCAGUAGAAUUGGUUGAUUGUGUUGAAGUCAUGACUAGUUAACGGAGGUGGUGUGCCUUUAUCACAUGGUGACUGUACUUAAACACAUACAGCAGCUAAAAUAUCAUUUUCCUCCUCAUUUGUUUAUCUCGUUAUUCAUUUGAUUUCAUUCUCCAGCUAGGAGCCGUUGUAAGCUUGGUUGGUAACUCAGAUCUGGACCAUGUUACGUUGUCUUCUUAUGCAAUUUGAUUGUGCGUGUGCGCGUGUGUGUGUGUGUGUGAUAGAGAGACACACAAGGACGUUAAGAGAAAAUGGCAAAUAAUAAAAACAUCUCAGCUGUGCAAUGA